UAUCUUAUUUAAAACCUAUUUUAGUAUUAAAGCAUUACAAUGAAAUCAGUAACAGGGGCAGUAUCCAAAUCAAUUAAGGCUGUUGGGAACACACUGGACAAAGUUAAUCCAAUUAAAUUGUUCCGAAUGUCUGACAAAGCAAAAUAUGUGAUUGUUAUGAUCCGUCAUGCUGAAAGUGAAUGGAAUCAAAAGGAUUUAUUCUGUGGUUGGUACGAUGCAGAAUUGACGAAAAAAGGUAAAGAAGAAGCUGCUUACGCAGGGAAAAUUUUAAAAGAAUCCGGAUUUAAGUUUAAUGAAGCACAUACAUCAGUUUUAAAACGUUGUAAUGAUACGUUAGAAAUAAUUUUAAAGGAAAUUGAACACACAGAUAUUCCCGUUGCUAGGUCUUGGCGCUUAAAUGAACGUCAUUAUGGUUGCCUUACUGGUUUACCUAGAUCGAAAGCUAAUGAAAAGUAUACCGAAGAACAGAUUCAAAUUUGGCGUCGAAGUUUUGAUGUGGCCCCGCCGCCAAUGGAAAAAGAUCAUCCGUAUUAUAAACAAAUUGUCGAAGAUCCACGAUACUAUACAGAACCGAAAAAAAAUGACUUUCCAAUGACUGAAAGUUUGAAGUUAACAAUCGCACGGACUCUACCAUAUUGGAAUGAUACAAUUGUUCCUAAAAUUAAAGAAGGAAAACUACUCCUUAUAGUAGGUCAUACAAACAGUUUACGUGCCAUUAUUAAACAUUUAGACAAUUUAUCGGAUGGCGUAAUCAUGUCUCUACGUAUACCAACUGGAAUUCCAUUUGUGUAUGAAUUGGACAGUUAUUUAAAACCAGUCGUAUCAAUGAAAUUCUUAGGUGAUGAUAUAACCGUUCAAAGGGCAAUGGAUUUGAUCGCUGCAGCGCAAGCAAAAUCAGGAAAUAAAACUGAUACUGAAGCAGCAGCAGCAGCUUCGAGUUGAAUGCAUGGAUUUGAAGAACCUGAA